AUGGAUCCUGUAGACCUGGUUGCGGCUCAGAAGCUGGAGGAUUUCGCGGCUCGGGCUCACCCAGAGGAUGCUCUGAAAUGGUCUCUGUACUCCGGUGACUACGUGCACUUGCGUUGCAUGGAGACAUCUGCAGAAGCUUACGUGGUACUCAACCCGCCGGAUAUGACGGCCGACGAAGACAACGAUGUCAGUUGCCCUCUUCAAGGCGAGCUUUGGGUCGCACCACGCUUGCGAGGCUUGCUGGGAGGCAACAAGGUAGAAGUGGAAAUGGCCGAGAUAGAGGAGGCCUCUUUAGUAAAGCUUGGUGGCCUUCCCCCAGAGGCUAUGCAUGAGAUGCACGUCUUCUUCGGAACUGCCAAUGGCCAAAGCCAAGCCACUUUGCAGGGGCUGGCCGAGGAGGAGGACUUGGAUUUCGAUGAUGAAGUUCUCGAGUAUUGGCAAGCUUAUGUGGAGAAGGGUCGCUGUGCAAUGCGGCCGGUUUGGAGAGGCAUGACAUUCAGGGUGCCCAUGCCAAAAGCAGAGACAAGCCCCAGUGGUCAUUCGAUCACCUUCGCAUCUUUGGGGCGUGGUGGUUUCGAUGCCAGACAAGACGAGGAUUCAUGCCAAAAUGCCUCCCAAGUCCGUGUGGAGGCUGUUUUCGGACCCGGCGGUAAGCCGGUGGAUGCAGCCAUUGUCGGGCCAGCAACCCGCUUAGAGGGGGAAGCCUGUCGAGCUGCAGCUCCAGCUGCCUGA